CUUCGUCUCCUUUAAAUGCCGCCUUCCCACCACCGCCACACACACCCUCUCUACCUCCUUCUUAAUACCCGCCAACCAAAUACGCCUAUUUCCAAACCUACACGCGCGCCACUGUCGAUGGGCGCCAUCAUCAAAGACCAAAAACGAUAGCAAAUGUGGUUUCCCGCUGUCAUUCUCCUGUCCCUGGUAGGCCAUGCGGCGGUAGCCCAGGAACAAAAGCCGCUGGGCGUUGCCCUUCACCACGACGACACCACACCCCAACUCGGGACAUGUGAGCAGACGUAUGGGAAAGGAUGGGCCCAAUGCGGAAGCAAGAGCAAUGCACACUGCUACAACCCCGGUCUUGGACAGUCAUGCUGCGAAAUUGAUAGCGGCUUCUGCGACCGAGGUGCGUAUUGUGCGCCGGUUGCCGGCUACUGCUGCCUCAAUAAUGAGGACAUAGCAGCAUGUGCCAGGAAUGCCGGGUUCGAGUUGCCGGCAACCAGUACAGCAGCGGUCGAACGGCCUUCAACCGGAGCGUUCACCUCAACAGCACAAUAUAUCGGUAAAACGCUUGGCUCAAGCUCGGUGGAAUUCGAACCGAGUACAGAAAUUCCGACUAGACAGGCAAAUGCCGACUCAACAUCGACAAAUAGCCUCACUGUCCAGAUAUCAGGAGCGAGAACAGAGCGGAGGACACUAGCGUGGACCGGGUUUGGAAUAUGCGCCGUUGGCCUGUUCAUGUUCUCGUGUUGAUAGGGGCAGGAACCGCUGCCCGAAACGGGGUUCGCGGACGUAGCUGUUAACAGCCCCAAGGAUCGAAUGAGCAUAUUCGCUCAUAUCAAAGACGUGGCGCCGUUGUGGCGUGAACGACUAAUAGAC